AGGGAGCUUACAGUACUGUAUAUAAAGUUCGAAGAGUAGUUGAUAAUUAAGAAUAUGCAUUAAAAAAAGUAAAAAUAUAAAACCUUAAUGAUAAAGAAAAAGAAAAUGCACUAAAUGAAAUUAGAAUUUUAGCUUCAGUUAAACAAAACAAUGUAAUUGCAUAUAAAGAAGCUUUUUUUGACGAAAUGACAAGUUUCUUAUGUAUAGUAAUCGAAUAUGCUAAUGAUGGCGAUUUAUUUUAAAAAAUAGUUGAUCACUAAAAGAAAAAACAAUUAUUCUCAGAAAAUGAUAUUUGGAAUAUAUUUAUUUAAAUGGUAAAGGGAAUAAAAUCUUUACACGAUUUAAAAAUAUUUCAUAGAGAUUUAAAAAGUGCUAAUAUAUUUUUAAAUAAAGAUGGUUCUGUGAAAAUAGGUGAUAUGAAUGUUUCUAAAAUAGCAAAAUAAGGUAUUUUAUAUACUCAAACAGGCACACCAUAUUACGCAAGCCCUGAAGUUUGGAAAGAUAAACCUUACGAUUCUAAAUCAGAUAUAUGGUCUUUAGGUUGCGUACUUUAUGAAAUGACGAUGUUAAAACCUCCUUUUCGGGCGGAAGAUAUGGAAGGAUUAUAUAAAAAAGUUAUAAAAGGACAUUAUCCGAAAAUACAUAAUCAUUUUUCCCAAGAUUUAUCCAAUGUAAUUGCUUUAUUACUUUAAGUUUAACCUUAAGCAAGACCUUCUGCAAAUAAAAUUCUAUAAUUACCAGAAGUUGUAAAAAGAAUAAAUGAAAAUCAUUUAUUGGAAGCUGAUGAAGGAAUUCCUUUUUUAUUAAAAACAAUAAAAUUUCCAAAAGCUUUACAUUAUUUAACAGAAAAAUUACCAAGGCCAAACUAUAAUCUUAUGAAAUUAUAAAAAGUAGACAAAUAAUUUUUUUUAUAGACAAUAAGGAAUGAUAAAAUAAAUAAAGAAAAAAAAAGCGAAUCUCCAAAUAAAAUAAUGCUCCCGAAAAUAAAAAGUAAUAAUAUAGACAUUAACUAAAACUCAUUUUCUGUAAGCUCGUAGCAUCCUGAUUUUAAAUCUAAUAAUGAAAGUUCUUUAUUUAAUAAUAAUUUAAGUAUUCAUGAAAAUAAUACAUAAAAUAUAAAUAUUUUAAAUAAUAAUAAUAAUAAUAAUAAUAAUAAUAAUAAUAAUAAUAUAAGUAGAAUUCUAAAUUUAUCGAAAGAUAUGACAAAUAAUAAUAUUAGUGAAAUUUAAUAAAAUGUUAAUGAUAAUAAUAACUCUUAAAUAAUCAAAUAAAACAAAUAAAAGAAAAAAAAUCUCAAAAUUAAUGAAAUAAUUAAUA